AUUGCCAUACUUCAACAAUAAAAAAAAACACGAAGGAUAGAGUUGUUUCUGUAAUGCUUAUUUCUCUGCGAAAUAAAAGUUAUUUUUAUCCGGAUCUAAUAUAUUUAAUUAACCAUUGGAUAAUCGCGUUCGCGAGUUUCGACGGAUAGUGUUCUCCCGACUUGCCCACACGAUGUUUGACCGCGGGAGCGUUACGGGCCACAGUUCAUUGCCUUAUGUAAAACUUGAAAUGGUGUUUCUUCCGUGAGUGACCGAAAUAAUACGGUGUUUUAUGUGUACAUUGUGUGUGAGUGAAUUUAAAGUGUUACAAUGUCGAUUUCGACGGCACAAGUGUUGAUGAAGAAGGGGAAGAGAGGUGCAGCCGCGUACAUCAGCGCGGAUUGCGCGAGCGGGUCUCCUCAGCACCUCGGGCCGCUGCUGGACGUGCUGCUGAACCCCAGCAAGGCUAUCGACGAGUGGGAGACGAUCGACUGGUGCCGCUGGCUGCUGGCCGGCGGCCGCACGCCCGACGAGUUCGCGGCUGUCGUUCGCAGCUACGACAAGCACGACAAAUGCGGCCUCGUGUGGAUCCCCCGCGUCGUCGCGUACCGCUGCCGCACGUGCGGCAUCUCCCCCUGCAUGUCCAUCUGCCGCGAGUGCUUCCACCGCGGCGACCACUCCACGCACGACUUCAACAUGUUCCUGUCGCAGGCCGGCGGCGCGUGCGACUGCGGCGACAACUCCGUCAUGAAGGAGGACGGAUUCUGCAGCAACCAUGGAAACAAGUGCCCGCGACCAGGCACCGCGCCCGCCGAACUCAUGUGCGUGGCUGAAGCCAUGAUGCCACGUCUCAUACUCAGGCUACUCCAGCACUUUAGAGAGAACAGCGACCAACCCUCGGGCCAAGCACAACCCACGUCGAACAGCUACCGCAUAGCAGUCCAAGAGUGCGAGGGCUACGUGCAAAUGCUCAUGGAGUUUAACAACAUGGGCGACCUGAUGCGCUCCGCCAUGACCAAGGCGCUCAUCAACCCUCAGAUGUACAGAAACUUGGUGGAGCCGCCCUUCCCUGAGACAGAGUACGGCGGCUACAUGGCCGAGUCGAACCGCACCUACGAGAAGGCGCUCGACUCUUUCCCGGCGCCCGAGUAUUUUCCAGACGAAUACCGCCACCUACCCGCGCUCGCGCCACGGCUGUCCCACAACACAUUACUAGACGAGUUCAUCUUCUGGACUUUCAAGUACGAGUUCCCGCAGAACGUGGUCUGCUUCCUGCUAAACAUGCUGCCCGACCAGGACUACAAGGAGCACCUAACGCGCACAUUCGUGAUGCACUACGCGCGCAUCCCCCUCGUGCUAGAAGCCGCCGGCGACCCCGACAUGCUCUCCAACCGGGUCGUCCACAUGUCCGUCCAACUCUUCUCUAAUGAAGCUUUGGCACUACGAUGCGUCCAACAAUUACAUCUACUACACGUCAUGGUUUUGUCUCUAAAACUGAUGAUGGGAAAGAUUCUCGUACAGAAUACCCUUCAUGACCCGGAGAAGAACACGCAUAAAGUGAUAGACUGUACACGAAGAGUGAUGAAGGAGCACUGCUACUGGCCUCUCGUGUCGGACUUCAACAACGUGCUGUCGCACAAGAGCGUGGCGCUGGUGUUCCUGCAGGACGACGCUCUCGUCGAGAUGUGGUUCCAGUUCCUGUCCAUGUUGCAAGGAAUGAACGUAAACGUCCGCGAAACAGACGGCCACAUCGAGUUCGAGCCGUCCUCCUACUACGCCGCCUUCUCCUGCGAGCUAGAAGCGGCCGCGUAUCCCAUGUGGUCCGUGCUGUCGCACCUGACGAGUCCGCAGCACGCCCCUCUAGCCAAGCGGAUAGUCGCCGCGGCGGCUAACUGUCUGCAAGAGUGGCUCGACGAGAUGCAGUGCACCACUCCCCGGGCGCUUCAGAACGGCACCAUGCACGCGUCGUUCCACUUCCCGCUGCACCGCUACCUGGCCGCGUUCCUGUGCAGCUGCGUGCGCACGCUCGGCCUGUCGGCGGCGGACGUACUCCCUCCGCCCCGAGUGCUAGCCUUGCUCGCUCACCACCCUCUCCGGGUCCAGGUCAGUGUCAUCCAAUACAUCCGUCGUUCCACUUCCCGCUGCACCGCUACCUGGCCGCGUUCCUGUGCAGCUGCGUGCGCACGCUCGGCCUGUCGGCGGCGGACGUACUCCCUCCGCCCCGAGUGCUAGCCUUGCUCGCUCACCACCCUCUCCGGGUCCAGGUC